UUGCUCUCCGCCAUGACACUUUUCAGUCCAUGCUUUUUUUACUAAAGGUCUGCUAAAGGUCUAAAGGAUUGAAAAAAAGGAAAAGGAAAGGAUAGUGAAACGUGGAAAGAUUUAUCACAAAAUGCAAGUGCCUGCGGUUUUUAUGGAUUUACCGCCUGAGGAUCAGGCCCAGGAAUUGAGAAUUUACUUCAAGAGUUUGGGGGCCGAAAUAAGUGAUGAGAAAUCACCCCGUGGAAUUGAAGAUGAUUUGCACAAAAUAAUAGGUGUUUGUGAUGCCUGUUUUAAAGAGGGCAACGAAGUAGAAAUUGAGAAUAUCCUCAACGAUAUCGUCUCCAUUCUAAUUCACAUUCCAGUGGAGAGAGCUGAAAAUUUAAUUCUAGCAUUCUGUGAAAAACUUAAGAAAGCCCCGGGCCAAAAAUUGGGACUGGUCUGCCUAAAAGCUCUCUGGCUUCUCUUCCAAUCUCUAGAGGAAAAGUCCCCGAUGAGAUAUCACGUUUACUAUAAUCUUGUUCAAGUUGCUAGAAAUGUUGAUCAAGUCAAAGCUGUUUACAGUGGAGUUGAACAGUUGAAGGAACAAUUUAAGGCAUUUCCACCUAAUAACGAGCAAAUGCAAAAGUUAUUGCGUUUGCUACAUGAAAUUCUUUUGAGUUGCAAACAAGGAGAUCAAGCUGCUGCUGUAAUGGUAGAACUUCUUGGUACUUACACAGCGGAGACAGCUUCUGAAGCACGUGAAGAUGCCAUGCAUUGCAUUCAAGCCGCUCUAGCCGAUCCAAACACUUUUCUCUUAGAUCCACUACUUGCUCUUAAGCCAGUUAGAUUCCUAGAGGGUGAACUUAUCCACGAUCUUCUGCUCAUUUUUGUCCAAGAGAAACUGCCAUCUUAUAUACAAUUUUAUAGUAAUCACAAAGAGUUUGUAGAGCAUACUGUCGGCUUGAAUCAUGAACAGAAUAUGAAAAAAAUGAGACUGCUUACAUUCAUGCAACUAGCUGAAACAAAUCCGGAAAUGUCCUUUGAGACUAUUCAAAAUGAACUUCAGCUUGAGGAGAAUAAUGUCGAGAGUUUCAUCAUUGAUGUCUUAAAAACCAAGCUUGUUCGUGCACGUAUGGAUCAAGCAGGUCGGAAAGUGCUCAUUUCUUCAACAAUGCAUAGAACAUUUGGCAAGCCCCAGUGGAUGCAAUUGAGGGAUCUUCUCGUAGCUUGGAAGACGAAUUUGUCAUCAGUCCAGGAUGGAAUGAAAUCGGUGGCAUCGGCGCAGAUGGAGCUCGCUGCAAAAACUAAAGCCCCAUUGGCCCACUGAUAGUGGUAGUUUGAGUUUUUUUUCCAUCUCUCCAAGGCAGAUCAAUGUAAAAGAAACUCUCCAUCAUUGGGUUAAAAAAAAAAAACAUGAGACAAAUACACCACAAUAUAAUUGAAA